GGGGAAGCCACGCAUUUUCGUGCGGUGCUUUUCGAUCUUGAAGGCGCAUCCCGGGGAAUCACCCGCAGAGCCUGGACAGCGGCGGGUUCCGAUCCAGACCUCGUGCACUUCCUGCGCGCUCGCAGAGGAUGCUGAGGCUGCCAGGCCGCGCUGGGAAGCCAGAUUCUCAUGGAGAACUGUUGUUGAAGAGAAGUCUAUUUGGUGGAAUGUAAUAAAAAAAUGAAUCAAGAUAAAACUUCUAAAUGCAAGUUCCAGAAAAAUCACAACAUAUCUCAGUGAAUUUGCAAGUGGAUUGUCUUCCUUGUGGGUUGGCAAGCAGUUGUAGGACUGCAAAAUGGGUCUCCGGAUUCACUUUGUUGUUGACCCACAUGGUUGGUGCUGCAUGGCUUUGAUUGUCUUUGUCUGGUUAUACAAUAUUGUUUUAAUUCCCAAAAUUGUUCUCUUUCCUCACUAUGAAGAAGGACAUAUUCCAGGCAUAUUAAUAAUAAUAUUCUAUGGCAUUUCCAUAUUUUGUCUGGUCGCCUUAGUGAGGGCCUCAAUAACUGACCCAGGACGACUCCCUGAAAACCCUAAGAUCCCACAUGGAGAAAGGGAGUUCUGGGAGUUAUGUAACAAGUGUAACUUGAUGAGACCAAAGCGUUCCCAUCACUGCAGCCGCUGUGGCCACUGUGUGAGGAGAAUGGAUCAUCACUGUCCAUGGAUAAACAAUUGUGUUGGUGAAGAUAAUCAUUGGCUUUUUCUGCAGUUGUGUUUCUACACUGAACUUCUUACUUGCUACGCACUGAUGUUUUCUUUCUGCCACUAUUACUACUUUCUUCCACUAAAAAAGCGUAAUUUGGACCUCUUUGUUGUUAGACAUGAAUUGGCCAUAAUGAGACUAGCUGCCUUUAUGGGCAUUACUAUGUUAGUUGGAAUAUCUGGACUCUUUUAUACUCAACUAAUUGGCAUCAUCACAGAUACAACAUCUAUUGAAAAGAUGUCAAACUGUUGUGAAGAAAUAUCGAGGCCUCGAAAGCCAUGGCAGCAGACCUUCUCAGAAGUUUUUGGCACUCGUUGGAAGAUCCUGUGGUUCAUUCCUUUCAGGCAGAGGCAACCACUGCGAGUUCCCUACCACUUUGCCAAUCACGUCUAAACAGAUGGAUGGUGGGCACAGAUGGGUCCUCCAUGCUGGAAAUGCGUUACAGGUUUUAUGAUAAUAGAACUAUGACAGUCUUCAAGUCAAUUAAAAUCCACCCUCCAAUCUUAGGAUCAUAAUGUGCCCCAGGCUUUAUUUUAAUAGUGAUCUUGAUCCUGUUGUGGUACUAAUACAAGAUCUAUAUUUAAGUUUAAAAGCAUGUUUACUUUCAAAUUAGCUUCCACCAGGAUUUCUUUAAAUGAUUUUCUAUUAACCGUAAAAGGCAAUGAUUGGGAUGAAAUCAUUGUACAUAAAUUUCUUUUAGUACUGACAGUGUUGCAGAUUUUAAUUUAUGGAAAAUAUCAGAUGUUUAUUUUUAAAAAAUUAAGCAGUACUAACCAAAAUCUGAGAAUCAGUUCUUCAGAUUUUACAACAUACCUUUUUAUGUGUAAAUUUCCUUUUUCAAAUACAAGGUAAAUACUACUUCCUUUUAUAUGUGCUGAUUUUUUUUCAAUGCAGCUGAGAAGUGCCCAACAACAAAGGGCAGUGUUUUCUUAGGAGUAGCUUUCCAGUGUUUCUCCUUUUCUUUCCAACAAAACCAAAAUAAAAAUACCACUCAAGUAAAUCACCAACUACCUAUGUUACUGUAAGGAAAGAUUAAUUUCUCUCACAUCAGUUUUCCUUUUCUCUUCCCUUUACUAUUGUAAUAUUUGUUCCCAGGAGAAAAUUUGUGAGCAGUGGGCAUGUAUUCCUAUUUUACCUAAGAUUUAAUGAGCAAAGAGGGUAGAAUAUCUGCAAUAAUUCUAGUUCAGUUAUAUUAGAAUGAAUAUGUUUUUAAAAUGCUAGUAUUACUAAAUAAUAUGUGAUGUACAGCAUAAAGAAGAAUAUUGUGCUUUUAAAAUGUAUAUACUUUUCACUUUUGUCUACUAGUAAAUCUAAAAUUAUGCACUGAAGGUUUAUACAUAACAGAAACUGGCCAACUCAUAUUGAAAUUUUAUUAAUAGAAAGUUACUAGUAAAAGUAAGUGACUAAUUUUCAGGUUUUGAAAACUCAAACUGAAGUUAAAUUUCUAUUCAGCUAUAAUUCUCAUUGUGAUAGAGACCUUUUAUUAGAAGCUGAUGUUAGAAAAUGACCUUAACCUAAGGAAAUAUUAUUAUCUAUCUCAUUAGCCUUACACAGAUUUAAAUUGCUGACAGUGAUGGUCUCUUGGAAAGUAUAUAGAACAUUUGUGUGAAAAGACAUUUAGAUAUGCUUUGGAAAAAUACCAGAUUUUAAUUUUUUCAUUAGAAUACUGCAAACCCAUAUAUGUUGUAAAAUUUUAUGUACAUUCCAUCUUUACCCUGAAAAGAUUGAGCCUAUUGUUCUUGAACUAUAUUCAUAAUUUUAUUGUAUUUUUGAAAGUAAGGAAUCAUACCUGGAAAAAUAAUGAGUCGAAUGUUAUUGUUGUCAACUGAUUAUACCAUGGCUAGUUUUUGCAGAAACUAUAAAUAUCCUACAAAAAUACUCUAAAAUACUAGACUAAGUUCACAAAUAUUAAUACCAAGCUUUCAGAUCUUAAUUAUGUUUUAUUAUUUGAAAACAGAUUUAGCAGAUGAAAGUAUUUAUUUGUGCUGAUAAGAUGCACAGUGUCUAAUAUAAGAAAUAUAUUUAUAAAGUUUAAUGAAAUACAAAAUCAAUAUGUGUCUUUUAGGGAACAGAGUUGAAUUUUGGGUAAACUAAAUGACCAAAUUUGACUAGUGACAGAACUGAUAAAAUUUAGCAAUGUAUAUAUAAUGUAGGUAGAUGUAAAUUGAUGGUCUUAUGUUAUAUACUUCGUUUCAUACAAGAACCUGAGAA